GUACAGUGAAUGACGCUCCGGUUCCAGAAAGUUGCAACUAAAAACGUGGUCAUUUCCUUUCUAAAUUUAACAAUUUUCGCUACCUCCCAAAAUCCUCUCCGGUAUAUAAUCCCUACAAUACCUCACCUAAAAUUCCCACAAAAACACUCUCCCCCAAAAACAAACCCCACCGCAAGCAACAGUUUUCUGCUAAAACCCAUCCAAAUUGAUCAAAAAUUUGCAUGAAUUUCCACCGAAACAUGUACAGCAUCGAUGCCAACAGCAAGCUAGUGAGCUGCGACGCGGCCUCGUGGAGCCGGCAGGAGGAUAAGAUCUUCGAGAAGGCGCUGGUGGAGUUCCCGGAGGGCUUCGGCGAUCGGUGGCGCAUGAUAGCGGAGUAUCUGCCGGGGAAGUCGCCGGAGGAGGUGAAGUCGCAUUACGAGGCGCUGCUGUACGAUAUCGCGGAGAUUGACUCGGGGCGGGUCGAGCUGCCGAGCUACUCGGACGAGUCGGGGUCGAUUGGGUGGGAGGGCGAGCCGGCUAGGUCGAGGACGCCGGGGCAGAUCUCGUUUGGCUCGCCGGGGAAUCGGAGCCGCCACUUGGAUGUCGAGAGGAAGAAAGGCACGCCUUGGACUGAGGAUGAGCACAGGUUGUUCUUAAUUGGGCUUGAUAGGUACGGCAAAGGCGACUGGAGAAGCAUAUCCAGGAAUGUAGUGGUCACGAGGACUCCAACACAAGUUGCUAGUCACGCCCAGAAAUAUUUUCUCCGUCAUACAUCUGGCAAGAAAGAGAGGAAAAGGUCCAGCAUUCACGAUAUAACAACUGCCAUGGACAGCUUAACCGUGCCUCCUCCUGCGCCCACGAGUCUUCCCAGUCAAGGGGGCUACCAAGCCUUUAACUUCUCCAUGCCGAGGUGAAGUACUAGAAAGCUAUAUAUUCUCUGUGUAAAUAUACAUAUAUGAUAGCUUCAUUUAGGAUUAACAGAUAAAAUUUGUAAAGAUGUUUUGGUAUGAUUGUAUCAGAAAGAGAUAGUCGAUAGUUGAUAGAUGUGGUGAUUAGAGAGUUUGGUAGGUUUUAGAGCUCACAGGGUCUUAGUUAUUUAGUUGUAAAGAGAUUACACACAAAUCUAGUUGAAAUUUGGUAAAACUUGCUUGGUUGUUUAUAUUCUUGUUCAUGAAAACCUUAUUUCAUCUCCA